AUGGCCUCUUUUGGAUAUUUCCUGUUUCUUUGUGGGUUGAGUCAGGCUCUGUCAAGUUACCCAAUCUGGUGGUCCCUGGCAAUUGGUCACCAAUAUUCCUCCCUGGGGACUCAACCCAUCCUCUGCGGGAGCAUCCCGGGGCUGGUACCCAAGCAGCUACGCUUCUGUAGGAACUAUGUGGAGAUCAUGCCCAGCGUGGCAGAAGGGGUGAAGAUUGGGAUCCAGGAAUGCCAACACCAGUUUCGAGGCAGGAGGUGGAACUGCACAACAGUCAAUGACAGCUUAGCCAUCUUUGGGCCUGUGCUGGAUAAAGCUACCAGGGAAUCAGCCUUCGUCCACGCCAUCGCCUCUGCCGGAGUGGCUUUCGCCGUGACCAGGUCCUGCGCCGAAGGCUCGGCCACCAUCUGCGGCUGCGACACUCGCCACAAGGGCUCUCCUGGGGAGGGCUGGAAGUGGGGGGGCUGCAGUGAGGACGUGGAGUUUGGGAGCAUGGUGUCUCGGGAGUUUGCAGACGCGAGAGAGAACAGACCAGAUGCUCGCUCAGCCAUGAACAGGCACAACAACGAAGCCGGAAGGACCUCCAUCAUUGAGCUGAUGCACCUGAAGUGCAAGUGCCACGGCCUCUCCGGCAGCUGUGAAGUGAAGACCUGCUGGUGGUCCCAGCCAGACUUCAGGGUCAUCGGCGACUACCUCAAGGACAAGUACGACAGCGCUUCCGAAAUGGUGGUGGAAAAACACCGAGAGUCCCGCGGCUGGGUCGAGACCCUCAGGCCCAAAUACAACUUCUUCAAGGCCCCCACCGAGAAGGACCUGGUGUACUACGAGAACUCGCCGAACUUUUGCGAGCCCAACCCCGAGACCGGCUCCUUCGGCACCCGCGACAGGGUCUGCAACGUCACCUCGCACGGGAUCGACGGCUGCGACCUGCUGUGCUGCGGCCGGGGCCACAACACCAGGACUGAGAAACGGAAGGAGAAGUGCCACUGCAUCUUCCACUGGUGCUGCUACGUCCGCUGCCAGGAGUGCAUACGAGUCUACGACGUCCACACGUGCAAGUAA